AUGGGAGGCCGGCGGUCUCCGUUAGAACCGGGCUUACCGUCCCAGGCAAAGUUAAGGGAUGACCCCGGGGUAUCCGAAGAGGAUGAGGAGCUGGAGGGUUUCAGGCGGGAGGCGGCAGUCCUGCGUGACAAGCUGUGGGAGGCUCUCAGUCAUACAUCUGGUAACAAAAGGCAGUCCAGUUCUUUGAUCGACCUCACCUCAGACAGUACCUGGGAUCAGCAAAAGCCUCACUUGUUUCCUAAAUCCCACUUGAGGCCAAAAAGUGCUUCAUCUCCCUGGAUUCCUUCCAUCACCAUCCCUCAGCCCUUCGAAAUGACACUGCGGGAAGCUCGCAAAAAGUCCCAGUUGAUGAAGUCAUACAUGUUUCUUGAACUAGACAAACAGAGAGACAAAAGGCAAAGCCAGGACGAAGCUGAAUGUCAGAAACAAUUCCGGGCACAGCCUGUACCUGCCCAUGUGUUUCUGCCCCUUUAUCAGGAAAUAAUGGAGCAGAAUGAGCUUCGCAGGCAAACAGCAACACAGAAAAGAAAGGAGCUGCUACUUUCAACCCAGCGGCCCUUCAGUUUCCUGGAGAAGGAGGAGAAAAAGAAAGAAGCUAUCAGACAAAAGUUCCUGGCAGCAGCAACCCCAAAGGAGAGCUCCAAACAGAAGCAAGCCAGUAAAACAAUUCCUAAAUCUACUUACGAUCCACUUCUUGGAGAUAAACUCAAAGAAGCUGAACUCUACAGAGAAAUCCGCAUUCAAAUGAGAGCCAAGGAUUUGCUUGAGAGCUCCGUAGCUCUUAUAGAUACCAGCAACUGUCGGAGGGAGCCUCAGUCCCGAACUGCCACUAAAACUAAGCAGGAGAGACUUGGCUUCUUGCAGGAUACAAGUUUCAGCUUCAAGCCAAGGAUUAAUCCAACAAUACCCGAUUUUGAAGGACUUUACUGGGCAUUUCAGAGGGAAGCAGUAAGGAGACAAGAAAUCAAAGAGGCAACACGUAAUAAACCAUUCAAGCUAAGAACCUCCAAUCUCCGUGGCAGGCAGAGGCAGGCAAAUGAAAAGAUAAAGGAUUCUCAGCAACUUUCCAAGGUUUCAGUGCACAAAAGUCAUUCUCUGACCAGACUUUCCUCUCUCUCUUCCAACACCCUUCCAGUGCAUAUUACAGAUGCAACUAGAAAAAGGGAAUCUGCGAUUAGAUACUCCCAAGAUAACAAAAAGGAAUGGGACAAAGAAGGAAUUUAUUGGCUGGAGAAACAGAAAAAGAAAUGUCAAGCUAUCCAGAAGUCAGUGAAUAGCCGAGCAAAAGCCCUGGAUCUGCAUAAAAGUCUGGAGGAAACACACAAGGAGAAGUCAAAACAGAACUGGCAAAAUAUGAGAGAGAGAACAAAAGAAUACAGAAAGGAGCUGGAAGAAAUGCAGCUGCGAGUCAAGAACAGACCAUACCUCUUUGAACAGGUCACCAAGCAUGAUGCUCGUCAAGGAGCGGAGCGUCGCUACCGACACACCCUCCAGCAGGUUGGGCUAAGCGAAGAAUUUGUAAGGAAAAAAGGGAAAGAUGCCACUGACUUGCUGGAAGAAGAAUCUGACAUUCACAGAGUGCCCAAGCCUCAGGGUGAAAAGGACGAUGGUACUGUACAGGAAGGAGAACCUCACGAGGAACAGAGCGGAAAGGAAACGCUGAAGAGCUUUCUACACAAUGCAUCUGCUGAGUGCUGUGUCACAGAUCGAAAUGCAGCCUUUCGCUAG